AAUGUUUUGAAUGUGCGCCCAAUCUGUGCACAUAAUAGUGUUGAAGUUUCCGAGGCAGCUGGGAUUUUAAUUAAUGUUUUGUUAGUUAAUACAACUCUGGAUUAUCGACGGUUUUUUUACAUGGCACUGUAGCAACAAGAGUAAGCAGUUAGAACCGCGUUUCUCCCCAGAGCUGAAUGUUUCUCCGCUGCGGUUGUGUUUCGGUGUGAUCAUGGUUAGCCGGAGCUUUCACUAGCGUGGGGCCUUCCGGCUGGGAGAGUGGAGUUUUGCAUCAGACGCAUCGGACUGGAGGUGAUCAGACUUCAUGCACACCUUUCAGAUCUCCAGCCAGUGAACACCAGCACGAUGAUGAUGUUCUCAGUCUCUCACAAGACAGUGUUUGUGGUGGAUCACUGCCCCUACAUGGCUGAGUCCAGUAGGCAGCAGAUUGAGUGUGACAUGUUGACCAAAGGUCGAGCGCAGGGCAUGAUCCCACUAGCUCCUGUUUCGAAAUCCCUCUGGACUUGUGCUGUAGAGUGCUCCAUGGAGUACUGCCGCAUCCUCUACGACAUAUACCCUGCUAAAAAACUCGUAAACUACAUUGUUAGCGAUUCAGAAUGUCACAUUUUAAAUACGUGGAGAGAAGAAGACCAGAGUGUUCAAGAGUUAAUGACGGCACUGGCAGCUGUGGGACCACCCAACCCUCACGAGGAUCCGGAAUGCUGCAGUAUUUUACAUGGACUGGUGGCAGCAGUCGAGUCACUUUGUAAGAUAACUGGGUACCAGCAUGAGGCGCGCACUUCUCUCGCAGACGUGGCACAUAGAGUCUCGAACAGGGGGCGAAUCAUCUGCCUUACUAAUGCAAAAAGUGACACACAUGUACGGAUGCUAGAAGACUGUGUGCUAGAAACGAUCCAGGAACAGAACAAGCUUGCUGCUGGAUCUGACAGACUUAUGCCUAUUCAGCAGUGUGAGCUGGUGCUGGUCCAUUUAUACCCACAAGGAGACGACACCUUGGUCUCAGACCGGCCAAAGAAGGAGAUGACAUCUGUGCUAAGCAGUGAAGUGCACAGUGUACGUGCUGGGAGGCAUCUAGCCUCUAAACUCAAUGUGCUAGUGCAGCUGCACUUUGACUUGGCAUCAACCACCAUCACCAACAUCCCCAUGAAGGAGGAGCAGCAUGCUAACACAUCUGCCAACUACGAUGUAGAGCUUCUACACCAUCGAGAUGCUCAUCUGGAGUUCAAGAAUAGUGAUAUAGGAGGCGGCAGCAAAGAAAGUGGUAUAAGAGAAACUAUUACACUUAAAUGGUGCACGCCGCGAACCAACAGUGUAGAGCUGCAUUACUGCACAGGAGCCUUUCGCAUCUCUCCUGUAGAUGUUAAUAGUAGACCCUCCUCCUGUCUCACUAACUUCCUUUUAAAUGGUCGCUCUGUUCUCUUAGAGCAGCCUCGCAAAGCAGGCUCAAAGGUUAUCAGUCACAUGUUGAGUUGUCAUGGUGGGGAGAUUUUCCUGCAUAUGCUCAAUAGCACCCGCUCCACUCUGGAGGAUCCUCCUUCCAUCAGUGAAGGCUGCGGGGGUCGUGUUACUGACUACCGCAUUACUGAUUUUGGAGAGUUUAUGAGGGAAAAUCGCCUCACCACCUUCCCUCACACUCCAGUGGAUGCUGCCGGGAGAGCACCUUUUGAAAGAGCAAAAGCACAGCUGGAGCGUCACACACGCUACUGGCCCAUGAUUAUUUCUCAAACCACUAUUUUUAAUAUGCAGGCAGUAGUGCCUUUAGCAAACCUGAUAGUGAAGGACACUUUGACAGAAGACGACGUUCUUACAUGUCAAAAGACUGUGUACAACUUGGUGGAUAUGGAGAGGAAGAAUGACCCUUUACCCAUCUCUACAGUGGGCUCCAGGGGCAAAGGGCCCAAACGGGAUGAGCAGUACCGGAUAAUGUGGAAUGAAUUGGAGACUCUGGUUAAGAUGCAUGUUGAAACUAGUGAGAGACAUCAGCAAGUUCUUGAGUGCAUCAGUGCCUGCAGAAGUAAACCCCAAGAAGAAGAAGAGAGGAAAAAACGAGGAAGGAAAAGAGAGGACAAAGACGAUAAAACAGAAAAAAAUGGUAAAGAAUCUGAGGAUAAACAAUGGACUCAAGACACUGACAGAUUGAAAGGAAAAGUGGAGCGAGAGAAAGAGAAUGAAAGCGAAUCUGGGGUUAUUAAAGACUCUCCAGAUUCUCCAGAGCCAUUCAAUAAAAAACCCAGACUUAUGCUUGAGGAUCUGCAGCCCCAAGAGAAAACCAAAGGCCCCGUCUCAUUACUUAGUCUUUGGACCAGUAGAAUCGCUCAGGCAAAUUCCAGAAAGCACCCAGAGUUUGCUGGAAGGCUCAACUCCAUCAGUAACAAGGCAGAACUUUACCAGCACUUGAAAGAGGAGAAUGGGAAAGAUGUUCAUGAGAAUGGUAAAACUACCAGAUGAUGGAUGGCAGAUGUCCAAGAGGAAGUUUUUUUUUUUUUUUUUAACUCAAUUUGUACAAAAUCGAAAACACAAUAAAGAGCAACUCUUGGGUGUUUGUUUA